AUGCAGUGCAAGGAAAUUGAAACGAAUGCAAAUUUUGAUAGUAAAUUUAUGCAUGAAAAGAUAAAAGAUGUGACAGGGAAGAAAUCAUCUACAAAAACAGGUUGCAUAAAGUCGAGAGAUGGAGAAAUACUCAUGGAAAAAGAAGAUAUUCUUAACAGGUGGUCAGAAUAUAUCGAAGACUUAUACCAUGACGACAGAUGUCCACCUCCUCAUGUUAGCAACGAAGAUGGCCUCAUAAUCAUGGAAGACGAAGUGAGACAUGCACUCAGCAAGAUGAAAAGUGGUAAGGCGCCAGGACCUGAUGAUAUCCUAUCUGAACUGAUAACAGCCUUAGAUUAA